AAAGGUUCGAGUUGGUCGUCCCUUGGAUGACCGCGGGAGACCCCGAAGAAUUCAAGUGUGUUGUCAGCCAUCGUUACACGACCGUGACGGCCACAUCGUGGAGACUUCAAGCAUGGCAGUCUUCAGUUGUAUUUGCGCUGUCGCAAUCUUGACAUUGACAACCGGACUGUUGACGUUCAAUGCAUCUGUGACACUGGUGUUUGUCACUAUAUCACUAAUUCUAUGGCUGUCAACGCGGCGUGCCCCAGGACUUCCCCCCGGCCCCCCUCUUCUACCACUGGUGGGCAACGUAUUCUCCAUGGAUGCAGACAUCAGGGUAACAUUCAGCAAACUGCGACGUCAAUACGGCGACAUCUUCAGUGUGUACAUCUUUAACCAACCCGUUAUCGUCCUCAACGGCUACAGCGUCAUCAAAGAGGCCCUAGUCAAGAACGCCGAUGUCUUCUCGCACAGACCGCCGUCAUUUUUAACUGAUCAUUUUUCAAAAGGAAAAGGUCUUGUGUUUUCAACGGGCGCCACCUGGCGGGAACAUAGAAAGUUUAGUAUUACCACUCUCAGAGAAUUCGGAAUGAGCAAAACCAUUCUCGAGGAUGCAAUACAGGAAGAGUUAUCGUUCUUUCUUCAGGCCAUCCACGAAUGUGUCCACACGGACUUCAAUUGUAACCGCGUUCUCAACAACGCUGUAGCGAACAUCAUCAGUUCUGUGGUUUCCGGAAAACGGUUUGAAUACACCGAUCCUUUGUUUGUCAAGUUUAUGAAAUGCCUGGACGAGAACAUCAGAAACAUUGGCACAGCCAAUGUCCUCAACGUUUUGCCCAUUGUUCGCUAUUUACCGGGGGACUUAUUCAAAUUUAAGCAAACUCUUCGAAAUAUAUCUAUGAUUGAUAAAGAAAUAAUUCGUCCGUUUAUUGAAGACAACAGGAACAACUACGAUGACAGUAACGUCACCAACUUCACCUCUGCUUAUAUCAAGGCCAUACAACGGCGCCGUCAGGAAGGUCAAAACACGAAUAUGAGUGAUGGGAAUCUAGAGACAUGCCUUAGAGACCUGUUCAUUGCCGGCUCUGAAACCACAGCUACUGUCCUCCGAUGGGGUCUGGUGUAUUUCCUCAAUUAUCCGGAUGUACAAGAAAAGUGUUUCCAGGAGAUCCUAGAAAACGUCGGGCAAAGCAGACGACCCUCCAUGAAGGACAAGACCAGCUUACCGUACGUCGAGGCAACGGUUACCGAGAUACUGAGGUGUGCCGACAUCAUACCAAGCAGUCUGCCUCACUCUGUACCCCAUGACGUAGAGUUCCGGGGAUACACCUUCCCUGAAGGAAUCACCGUAUUACCUAUGUUGAGCUCUGCCCUACAUGACCCGGAUCUCUGGGGCGAUCCUAGGAACUUCCGGCCAGACAGAUUUCUGGACACUGAAGGGAAGUUUCAGAAGAUGAAUGAGCAUAUUCCGUUCUCCCUCGGUCACCGAGCAUGCCUUGGCGAGGCCUUGGCACGGAUGGAACUCUUCCUCUUUACCACCAGCAUGAUACAGGAGUUCGAAUUCCGGCCUGUAGACGGGGUGAGCCCAUCUCUACAGGGACUGCCCGGCAUCGUCUACCGCCCGCAGCAGUUCAACAUGAAGGCAAUACCAAGGGCAAAAUAACUACUCAUUGGUCUUGUAAUCUCCAUGCCGACCGCCUCCGUGGUCUAGUGGUAGAGCGUCUGCCCGGAGAGCGGAAGGUCCGGGUUCGAUCCCCGGCCGCGUCAUACCAAAGACGUUAAAAGAUGGUACUUGUUGUUACCC